UUUAUUUAUAUUAUAUCUAUUUUCAUGAGAAAAUAACAACUUUAUUAUCAUAACAGGUUGAUGAUGAUGGAGUGGUAGAUUAUGAUAUGUUUGUCAGCUUUAUUCCCGAAGAGUACACAGAUAGAGUUACUAAAAUGAUAUUUGGAUGUCGUCAUUUGGAUACUCCUGAUAAAAGCAGUUGUCAGAGAUUAUUCGAUGUUCACAAAUGCUCAUAUAAUACUGAUCCUGAAGCAAGUAUAUUUUAUUUAUUCUUAAGUAAGCAUAUGUUACAAUAGAUUGCUCAAUUAGCAUUAAUUUUUAUAUUUUUCAUUUUCAGUUCUACUUUUUAUUCUGAUGCAUAAAAACCAGAUGAUAGAUAAUUGUAUUGUUAUUUAAAAGGAGAAGAGCCUUA